AUGCAGCACCGCCAUUUGCACCACUUCGCGGCGAGGGCCGUCGACCUCUCUGCGAGCCGCACAAUGGUCGAAGAAGCCAGCAAAGUCCUCGUCGCCCGAGCCACCACAACAUGUACCAACGAAAGCGAUCCAGGCUGCACAAAGCCGACACAGGUCCCGAUGCUCGCCAUCGCCCUUGCCAUUGUUGUCCCGAUUGUCGGCAUCGCAGUCGUGCUGUUCUUCCUGCACCGCAGGAAUCAAAAGAAGCUGGCCGAGGAGGACAAGGACAAGUACCGCUCGAUGGACUUUGGCUUGGAGACCAAGGGGGGUCGCGUUGGCGUGAAGAAGGGGCCUGAGAUGUCGGUCACCGACAUUGAGAAGGAGAUGAACGGCACACACGGCCGUGGAAUCUCGCUGGAACACGGAAGCCCGUAUAUUAUGCCUGUUGGCCUCCACGGCUCGCGCGAGUCGUUCCACUCGCUCUCAAGAUCCAACCAAGAUCCCCACGACCCCUACCGCCCCGUGACCUUCAUGACCGAUGGUGCGAGCGUCCGCAGCUCAAGCCGCGGGUAUGGAAAAGACAACGGCUCCGUUUACACAGCAUCGAGUGCCGGAACGAAGGGGAGAAACGGCGAUGGUCUCGGCCUCGGUCUUCUGCAGAACGCGCAGAGGAUGUCCACGUCCAACCCUUUCCACGGCGAGUCCUUGUCUCCCGACAGCACAAGGUCGCCCGUCCAGUUUCCCGACCCAUCCGCCCAACCCCUUAGCCCGCUGAACCCCCGAGCGAACGAUCAGUUCCCUGCGCCCAAGUCCCCAGAGAUCAAGGAACAAUUUGCCGCCUUCAAGCCUACCACCGAUGUCCCCAAGAUCAUGAUCCCCGAUGCCGAAGUCAAGAGCAAGUCGGUUAACAAGUCGCCUGUCGAUCGAGCUGCCAGCUUCUCUCCCCGUAUCCAGUCCCAGCAGGGUGUCGUCUCUCACGCUCCGUCACACAGCAUUGUCAGCACGUCCAGCUACGGUGAUGCUUUCCAGGUCACACCGCCCUCGCCUCGCCAGACCCAGCCAACCAUCCACGAGCUUCCCACACCUGUUGCGCCUGCACCUCUACGUCCUGCAAACGAUGCCCGACUAAGCAUUGCUGAGUUCGGCCAGAACAACAACCGCCUGUCUAUGAGCUUACGCCCCAUGCCUCCUGCGCACGACGACCCUGAGGAGAACCCCGAGGACCGCGCCAACCGCAUUCGAUCAUUCUACAAGGAGUACUUUGACGACUCCAAGCCUGAGCCUGCCGGCGGACACCAGUACACCGACUACUACGAGGAUUACAGUUCUGAAUAUCUCGAUGGCGCUCUUUACGACCCGCAAGGAAGGGGCUUCGUUGCUGCCCAGCCCAACGCACCCUUUGCUGAGCCCAUUGUCCGCCGAGCUAUGACACCUCCUCCACGAGCACCUCCUCGCUUCCGCAGCGGCACUGUCACCGGCACCGGCCCGCACAUGUCCAACGGCUCCAUGGCAUCAUCGCAUUACCCUCCCCGCAACAUGUCUUCAAUGAGUGGACGUCUCGCUGCACCUACACCCAAGAAGCCCCUGCCCCCGCCAUCCGCCCUCUCCUCGCUGCCCACACCCGCGAAACUGAACGAGAACUCCAUGAUCUUCGACGCCGCCGACUUUGCUCCCCCGAUCUCGUACCGUGACAGGCAAAAUGGCAUGCGCCCCGACAGCCCACUCGGCGCGCCCAGGCCCUACAGCCCUGCCGUCCAGGCGCACACUCCCCUCGCCAGCUCCUAUGACGAUCUUGCCGUCAUGCCCAGCCCGCAUCUGCUCCGCCGGUCCGGCACCUUCACAGCGCUCGACUUCGCGCCGCCGCCCAAGUUCCGUAACGACGGCACACCGUCCCGCCCUGGGUCGGCCGCAGGCUCCGUGCGCUCGAACCGCUCGGCCAUGUCCAACAACGCCCAGGCCGCGAUCCGCAACGGCGCCAACCGCGUCAGCCGGAUACCCAAGGAGGUCGUCACCACCCGCGACAACAUCAUGGAUCAGCUGCGACCGCAGAUGAGCCUCGUCAGGGGCGCGUAG